UCGCUCCUCGCACCCAGUCAAGGCCUCCUAACACCCCCGGUCCUCCAGCGCUAGAGGGCGGGCUCCCGCUCCUUGCCGCCACAGCUCUAGCGCCUGCAGUUGGAUAGUAGCAGCAGAAGUCAGCGAGGGUCAAGCAGCCUCUCUCGGUCGUUUCCUGCUCGGCCGCCGCGUUGGUUCGGCUGGGAGAGUCUCCACGGCGCAGGCGCUGUCGGGGUGGAGGAAAAGAGAAAAAAAGAGUGCGGGGCUCUCGCAGCUGCUGUUGCUGCGCUGGGCCGGCUAAGACAGCAGAUGAAUGUGUCAGUGGAGGAAAAGGCACAGAAAUAGAAUGGCCUUUACUGGAAAGAGGACUGGCUGUCCACUGAUCUGAGAAGCAGGGACUUGAGGGAAGGAUGAGGCAGCUGGUUAAAUGCAGUUGUGUCAGUAACGAAAGAAGGGCAAACAUGAGAAUAGCAGUAGGAGCUGCAAAAUUGGCGGUAGCAGUAGCCGUGUUCCUGCUGACAUUUUAUGUCAUAUCUCAAGUAUUUGAAAUAAAAAUGGAUACCAACUUAGGGAACUUGUUUGCAAGAUCACCACUGGAGCUGCCUGUACAUUCUACAAAAACCCCAAGAUAUAAAUGUGGAACUACAAAAGUUUGUCCAGAGAAUCAUUUUGCGUUCAAAAUGGCAAGUGGAGCAGCCAACGUAGUUGGACCUAAAAUUUGUGUAGAAGAUAAUGUGUUGAUGAGUGGAGUCAAAAACAAUGUUGGGAGAGGUAUUAAUGUAGCUUUAGUAAAUGGCAAAACAGGUAUCAUGGUGGACACAAAAUAUUUUGACAUGUGGGGUGGAGAUGUAGCCCCACUUACUGACUUUCUGAAGACCAUUCCAGAUGGGACAAUUGUAUUAAUGGCAACCUAUGAUGACGGUGCAACUAAACUUAAUGAAGAGACGCGGAAACUAAUAUCUGAAUUGGGAAGCACGUCCAUCAUGAACCUUGGCUUCAGAGACAACUGGGUCUUCUGUGGUGGCAAAGGAAUCAAGACUAAAAGCCCAUUUGAACAGCAUAUUAAAAACAACAAGGAUACAAACAAGUAUGAAGGGUGGCCAGAAGUCGUGGAGAUGGAAGGGUGCAUCCCACAGAAGCUAGACUGAAAACAUCGUCAAAUGGACAUGUACAAUGCAAUGAACAAUGGAGGGACAAUGCGUUUCCUGCUGCUAGAAUGAGAGGGCUCUGGAAGGAGAUACUAUGUAUGGGUACAUCCCAUCCAGGAUAGUCUUUUGUGCAAGGCCCAUGGAAAUGAAUGGGAGUGGAACAAGAGCAUGGUGAAUUGCGCCAAUUCAUUUUAAAUGGGGCUUUGCGCAGGAACUUAACCUGCUGGAUUGUGGCCCAUGUAAAUAUUUUUCAAGCAUGUUUCCAUCUUACAAUGUGCAUGGGCAUUGACAUUUUUGAAUAUUUGACUUAUUUAUUGUUAGAACAUAAGAGAGCCGCUUUUUGUGUGUAAAUAGGUCCAAAUCAACAAAAUUACUAUUUCUUAAGCAUCUUUUUUUCCUCCUUGUUUGUUUUUCUUUUCUCUAAAAGCACAAUGUUCGGGUUAUUUUAUGAUAAAUGUCUUUUAGAACUAUCAGUGUAGGCAAUUAAAUGUUCCCAAUAAAUGGCUGAACUGAUCCUUAUCUAUGCUGUAGUUUGCUCAAACAAUGGUGACGUGGCUGCAAGUGCAUAUCUUUAGUGGGAUAUGUAAAUUUUAGCCAAAAAUGAGAAAUGUUUAUGCUCUGCCUCUUUGAAAGCAGCAUUCUUCUGUGAUUCCCUUCAAACCUGCAUAUAGGUAAAGGUUGAGUGUUGAAUAAAAAAAAAAUGUAGGCUGCUAUAAGAAGCACAAUUUAAUCCUUUUUUCUAAUUAAUAACAAAUGUGUAUCAUUGCAUUUGUUGCUAUUGUUAAUUUAUCUGUGUCCCAUGCUUCUGGUUAGCAAUGUAAACUGCUAGUAGAGCAGGAUAAUGUAGUUGCUUCAUGUGUGUGUGUCUUCAGCUAGACUUCUUUAAAGUGCUAUAAACCACCAAUCACGUAAACUACCUUAGAUAGCACUAGAGAGAAAGCCAGUGUUGACAGUUAGGGGUGGUUGGGGAUCUUAACAAGUAGACUAAUUUCUAUUAGUAAUUGAACGUGUCAUGCAUUAGUCAAUCUGGGCAGUUUUGCUACCCAUCCUACUAGUAUAAAUUGAGGAAAGGGUUUGAAUAUUGGGGGGGAUUCUGUGGAGGACAUCUUCUAUAUUAUAAGACUGAAAAUGUUGCUAUUUAAACAGGCUGCUUUAACAAUAGGUUUUAAAAAGGCAGACCUAACUGCAGCACAUUUUCAUGGAUGUUUGAUGUUCUUAUAUGAAUUUGAUCUCUCCAGGGCACACAUUCACCCAUGCAUUUCAUCUUGGCUGUCCCUACCAUUUUCCACUUGGCAGAAAUGUACAUUCUAUUGGUACUGAUGGUGUGGAAAAUCCAUGUAGCACAUUUUGUGACCAUUAUCCAGAGGGGUGUUCAAGGAAUAGCUGUAUGCACAGUGGGCUUUCCACACCAUUGGUAUCACUGGACGGUGCAUGUAGUUUGCUAUUACUCACAAAUCUCAUUCCCUCUCUUCCAGUGCCCCCCAAACACACAUACACUCACCUUCAGGAAGCAGAAUGGAAAAGCACAUUCCACAACUUGAUGGGAUGUUGUGAGAAACCUAUAGUGGGGAUGCUUUGCUGUGCCCAAAGUAGGAAGUGCAACUCUGGCUGUUUCAGUUGUGAUUUGUAGUUAUUUUUUGUGUGGUGGCACUAAUUUCUGCAGUCUACCACUACAGUUCUGAACUGGGACUUUUGGAGACUUGCAUCUCUGGAGGUUCUCUUCAAGCAAGGGUGGGGAUCCUGUGGCCUCCCAGAUGUUGUUGGACUACAUCUACAAUCCUUGUCAUGUUCACUAGGGCUGUUGGGAGUCCAACAGCAUCUGGAAGUCCACAGAUUCCCCACUCCAGUCUUAAAGAGAACUUAGUAAAAAAAAUAUAUAGUUUUAAUGGUGUGCAUGCUAUAGGGGAUCAAGUUAGAAUUCUGUGCUCAUUCUUGUCUAGUCUGCUAUGUGUCGGCCAAUAGGAUAAUCAACCUCCCCCCCCCCGAGUAGGACCAUUUUAAACCAAGAAUUUAACUUAGUCAUUGAGGUUGAUAGUUCCUGUUAGACUAAUGAAAUAUUGUUUGCACUAAAGACAUUAAAGCAAUACUAGUAAUAAUGACUUAAAAUAGUUCAGAAAAAUCACCCAACUUUCCAUACCAAGAGCUGAUGAGUGGAAUCUGGGCUGCUUUACUGUUUUGACCUGUUCAUGUCAUGUUUUUCUUCUUAGUAAUUCACUGUAGCAUAGCAAUAAAUACACCUUCAACAGUCAGACCAGUUGUUUGUAAAUACCACGCAGAAUCAUUGUUUAUGUUCAGAAGAAAUAAAACCACAUUUCCAUGUAUUAUAUUUUUUCAUCAAAUAAAGUUUUUAAAAACCACAACCAAACAAA